ACACGCAGCGCCACGGUAUGUGUCGGUACGGACUGCUGAAACUUCAGCGCACAGAGGCGGAUAGACUCAUCUAGCUCGUCCCAGAUAGUGGAUUAAAUUCACGUUUCUUUUCUUGUUCCUCUUCCUCCUCCUCUUCUUCCUCCUCCUCCUCCUCCUCCUCCUCCUCCUCCUCCUCUGGUUUCGUGUUACAAAGCCCUGGGAGGGAGUUGCGCGGAGAGCCAGUUCCUCUGUGUAGAAACUGAAUGACAGGAUCAUAUGGCUUAAUUUGCCUUAUAGUCCAACCUUAAAAUAAUACCAAGAGGAAAUAAGGAAAAGAGAGGAAAACCAGCGGGCGAAUUCAUCUGAAAUUGAUGAGCAAUGUGGAAUAAUUUGUAACUCAAAUUCAGAAACAAAUCCGAGAUAACGGUGAAAGAAAAAGGAUACUGGAUCUGUCGUCGGAGCGGAAAGCGCAGGACGCGGAGCCCGUAAACAUCCCCGCUAUAAUAAGCCCAAUGUGACCUUCAUCUAAGUUGAGUGUCUCUGUUCAACAUUCACGAAGUGGCGAACUCUCUGAAAGGAAGAUUAAGAAGAAAGCCCACGGAUACGCAAGGGAGGAGAAGAAAAACAGGCUGCCAGGAGCUGCUCUCUCUCUCUCUCGAGUCCCUCCGAUCAGCUGAUUGAUCCCUACAUACAUCACUCAGAGGCAGUCUCGACCAAUAGGAGCCGACAUGGGAGCCACGGGCGGGACGAAGGUCUUGCUCCUGGUGUUUCUGGUUGGAUGGGAGAAGUCUCUUGGUCUCAACUGGAACCCAAUCCCACGCAAGACUGUUCGAUACCAGGAUGUGUUGGACAGCAUGGCGAGGUUCAGCGUUCAGGGAGUGUUCAACUACAGCAUGCUGACACUGUCCGACCACGAGAGGGUUUUAUACGUCGGAGCACGGGAGACCUUGUUCGCCCUCGACCCGAACAACAUCAACAGACAGCUGCGGCCUCAGAUCGAGUGGCCGGCUCCGCAGGAUAAGAAGAGGGAGUGUGUGGCCAAGGGGAAGAACAACCAGACCGAGUGUUUCAACUACAUCCGCUUCCUGCAGAGCUACAACCACACACACCUCUACACCUGCGGCACCUACGCCUUCCAGCCCAAAUGCACCUAUGUGAACGCAGACGCUUUUACCCUGAAUCCUGCUGACCUGGAGGAUGGAAAGGGUAAAUGCCCAUAUGACCCUGCCAAAGGGCACACUGGCCUUAUAGUGGAUAAGGAGCUGUACUCGGCAACGCUCAACAACUUCCUGGGUACAGAGCCAGUGAUUCUGAGGAACCUGGGCCUACAGCACUACAGCAUGAAGAGCGAAUACUUGCCCGCCUGGCUCAAUGAGCCGGACUUUGUGGGUUCGGCCCUGGUGAGGGAGAGCAGCGGCAGUAAAGAUGGAGACGACGACAAGAUCUACUUCUUCUUCAGUGAGCGGGCGUUGGAGCUGGACUGCGACACCGAGCUCAACGUGGCCCGAGUGGCUCGCGUCUGCAAGGGGGAUCUGGGUGGUACCAGGACUCUGCAGAAGAAGUGGACCACCUUCCAGAAAGCCCGUCUGGAGUGCUCCCUCCCCGAGCGUCACGUCUCCUUCAACAACCUGAGGGCCGUGUUCACGCUGCCGGGCCAGGACUGGAGGGGCACCACCUUCUACGGCAUCUUCCACGCCCAGUGGGGUGACGUGGACGUGUCGGCGGUGUGCCAGUACCAGAUCAGCGAUGUGAAGAAGGUUUUUGAAGGAUCCUACAAAGAGUACAGGGAGCCGUCUCAGAGGUGGGGGCGCUACACCGGAGCGGUCCCUGUCCCACGGCCUGGAGCGUGUAUAACUAACUCCGACAGAGAGAGCGGUUACAACAGCUCCCUGCAGCUGCCUGACGCCACGCUCAACUUCGCCAAGAAGCACCCGCUGAUGGAGGACAAAGCUCUGGCUCGCCCCCUGCUGCUCACCAAGGGGGUCAACUUCACCCGGCUGGUGGUGGACCGGGUCAACAGCCUGGACCAGCGGGCCUACAACAUGCUGUUCAUCGGCACAGCGGAGGGCUGGCUGCAGAGGGUGGUGGUCCUGGGCAACGAGGCGCACGUCAUCGAGGAGAUCCAGCUGUUCGAGACCCCGCAGCCCGUGGACAGCCUCACCAUCUCACACUCAAAGAAGUACUUGUACAUCGGCUCUCGUUCGGAGGUUCUCCAGCUGCCCUUGGCCAACUGCAGCCGCUAUCAGUCCCAGCCAGACUGCCUGCUGGCCCGGGACCCCUACUGCGCCUGGGACAGCGAGGGCCGCGCCUGCGUCCGCAUCGACCUCCACCGCGGCUCCACCUCCUCCCUGUCUCAGGACCUCAUGCUGGAAAGGUUCAGCCGGGGGAAAGCCAAGUUUGAUAAGCCUGUCUCCAUCCCCAGCCCCGAGCACUCCCGCCUGAAGAACAUCACAGUGGUGGUGGGGUCGGACAUGGUGCUGCCGUGCCAGCUGGUCUCCAACCUGGCUCAGCCCUUCUGGGUCCUGAACGACCGGGAGCUCCAGCUCGGUGACCCUGAAGCAGGAGGGCCACACUUCGACCGCACUCUGAAGGCCCUCGUGGUCCCCGCAGCUGGGCAGAUGCAGGCGGGACGCUACAUAUGCUACUCUGAGGAGCAGGGGGUGAAGUUUCAGACGGAGCGCUACCAGGUGGCCGUGGUGGCCAGCCCUCCUGUGUUCAUGGAGGCCCGCGCUCCAGACAGCAGCAUGGGGCUCUUCUGGGUGCUGGUCAUCACCCUCGGAGCGGCGUGCCUGCUGCUCCUCGUCGCAGCUCUGUACCUGCGCAGGAGGCUGAAGCUCGCUCUGGGGAAAGGAGCCGACAUGAAGCCCCUUGAGAGCACCUUGGUUUACCCCAUCACCCUACCUAAAGAGCCGCCAACGUUUGUGCCCAGCAAGAUGCCCACUGACGAGGACCGCUUCUGGGAGACGGGCGCUAACUACUACUACUCGGACGGCUCGCUGAAGAUCGUUCCCGGCCAUGCCCUAGGGCCCAGCAGCGUGAGCAGCACGGCGUCACCGAGCGCCAUCCCCGGCCAGCCCAUCCACUCCCCGAGCCGUCUCAGCCUCACCAACAUUAGAGGUUCGGGUAGCAAUGGCUACAUCCGCCUCAACCUGAGCACAGCAGGGGAGGAGAGGGCUAGCGGGGCUGGCGCUGGGGGCGGCGGGCUGGGGGGUCUGGGCCUGAGCGGGAAUGAUUACUCGAGCCCCUUCAAGGAGGAGCUGAGACGCACGCUGCAGCAGAGGAGCGUUCUGCCCGACGCCAACCCCGAGGAGUCCUCCGUCUAGACGUGUCCCUCCUCCGUUUCCCCGAGUUGGAAAAACAAAACAACCAACCUACCUCCCUCCUCCUGAGGACGCCUGCUCUCUCUCUCUUUCAGUGACACGCUGUCAUUCGCUCCGCCAAUGCCUGUUUGGCUCACUGUUGACAUUUAUAGCACACAGCAUGUUCAAAAUACACACUCAUACACUGUGUUCGGCAACAUGCACUCCUAUAAUUAUUGUGUUCCGGGCAGUCAUGGUUGUGGCUUUUUCCUGCUUCCACUGUGCAGUCGCCACCUGUGUAAAUUGUGUAUUUAAAAAAAAAAGUCUGAACACAGAGGAGCACACCUCGAGCAUGGAAAAUCUAACAAAUGGCGUUACAUGUGUCCUGAAGGGCACGUUUAAUUGACGUUGAGUGGACCAAGAGGCUUUUAGCCCUCUGUGCUGAAACCGGUUGAUGAAUGGCAAGUGCAACUGACUGGAAAAUAUUGAACUGAUUCUGUGUCCUUCUGGUCCUUUGAGACUUUCUUUCAGCUUACUGCACUUAAAAACUGGAAGCGUGUCUUCCCUUUUUGUAUUGGUGAGCCAAGAGUGUGAGAGCGGUAUAAAAAGACUAAUUAAUCUCGAAGCAAGACGACAAUCACGUCCCCAUAGCAGGCGCUCUGCGAGGGACAGAGAGGAGAGAGAGCCAGAGACAAAGAGAGAGGAAAUGAAAUAGAAAAUGAAGUGAAUUGGAGAGAAAGACACAAGGGGGGGUUUUGAAUGAAGGACAGGUCUCUCAAGACUUUCUCUGCUCAAUUUGUAAUUUUUUUUUUUCUCCCAAGUUGUAUUUACUCUCGGAGAAAGUCCUUGAUCCCUUCCACUUUCAUUUGUCGUGAUGGUUGGUUUGAAUUAAGACAUCUCUUGUUGUUCCUUUUUAUACGUCUUACACGACUACAGCCGUGUUCAAACGGUUAUUAGGAGACUAAUGGAUCCCCUCUGUGAAUGACAAUGUGAGGGCACAUUCCUCGCUCAGCGGUGACCUUCAAAACGCACCUUCAAGUCCAAUACACUACAAGUGCACUCCGUACGACAUUUAUUAGAGUCAGAGUGUGUAACAGAUAUGUGUUUUGGCUGAGCCCUUUAUAGGACGAUUCUUUAUCUCCGCAGAAAGAAAAGGUUAUUUGCUUUCAGCUCUUAGCAGCGGAACAUAACGGCACACUUAAUUCCAAAUUGAAGCUGACGUGAAGACAUUAGGCAUGGAGAAUGUAGUUGAACCCUCACUGUUGCGACCGCUGUGGAUGUCUCAAUAAGUGCUUUAUAUCUUAGUGUAUGGUGAGGGCGGUAACUUGCACUGCCAAGAAGGAAAAUACCCCUCCCACACACACACACCUACACACUUGUUAGUCCUUUGAAUGCCAACCAUCCUGGACCACAGUGUGUUUGUGAUGCAUCCUUAAAACCCCAUGAAACCUCUUCCCCCUCAUACCGAUGCCCAGAGACUUACCCGGGCUACUGUGGACUAAAACACACCAACAUAAACAGAACACACACACACACACAGUGCUGAUGGAAGUAUGGACAGACAGACAGACUGAUUGCUGCCGUGCUGCCAAACUGCUGGCUCCAGGCAGGAAAGCGGCCGUGAACCAGAGAAAGGGGUGGCUUUCGUUUUUUGGGACGUGUCUGUCGGGACCAGAGGAGAACAGCAUGAAGGAAGGGGAGGACAUGAAGACCUUGUUGUUUCCCCCCCCACUGUGUACAGAGCGCUGAGAGAGAUGAAGAAUAUCAAAAAGAAAGUGAGGUUGAAGAGGUACUCAGCCAUCGGCCCUCCAUCAUAGUGUUGCAUGAUCCUCUGCAAGUGGACCCGACAUCUUUGAUAUGAUCAUCUGUGUACAAGUGCAUCAUUUUGAUCGGCCAUUUUUUUGGACUUGUGGAACAACGAUGCUCUCUUUGAAAAAAACAACAACUAAAGAUAUGUCAGAUUUUAUGGUUCCAGGGUUGUACAGGAAUUCAUGGCUGCAUCUCAACAUGUUUACUUUCUCUGUGCCUCUUCACCUUUUGGAUAAGCCAAAGUAGACUGCAGUUGCUUAUUGUUCUUGUUGAAAUAGUUUUGAUAUUUAAAGGGUCAGUGUGUAGGAUUUAGUGUACCCACUUACGCCUCCUUUUUCAAAGCGUGAAUUUACGGAGGCCUUCAGGUGCAUUUGCGCCACCAAAUUCAAGCUGUCCCUUCAAAAUAAAUGUUGAAUCCCUUUUUAGAGACAAUGUUUGGUUUGUCCGUUUUGGGCUACUGUCGAGACAUGGCGGUGCAAAACGGCUAACUCCGCAUUGAGGACUUGAUCCUUAUCAAAUGAAAACACAAUUCCUACAAAAUAUUUAACAUUUCUGCCAAUAGAUCCCUCUUUAUCCUACACACUGGGUCUUUAAGUCUCAGAAAUCCGUCCACUUUGCUAAACUGAGCUGACGUCUACAACAUUUCUGCAUAUUUUGUAUGCAGCUAAAUUAUCCCUCAGGCAACACAGCUUGAGCUGAUGGACUUCCUGUUUGCUUCCUGUUUGUAUAUCAGUAGAGAUCUGCUGGAACCAAAUUCUUAACCCCUUACUUUAUGAAAGGCCGGGUAAUGUACCAAAACUUUAACCAUUAUUUAAUUUGUCCAGACCCAAAAAACCAAAAAUGUAUCUGUUGAUUUGAAGCAGCUCAGUGACAGAAUGUGCCCACUUUAUAUUUCUACAUCUCCUAAAGCAAAACAGCUAAAACAUUUUAGCUCCUUACACUGGUACUUGUCUUAAUAUAUUUCCCUUUUACAAUCAGGCAUUUUAUUUAAUGUAACAUGUUGCAAGAACUAAAAGGAUUAAGAAUUACAGGUCUCACGUUUGAUAGACAAAAUGCAUGUGUAAUGUACUUUAUGUGCAUUUCUUCAGUUCUUACACAUUUGUUUGCUAAUAAUGUUUUCUGCUGUUUUCUCGCAUUAUUAUUUGUAUUAUUCUAUUAUCACCCCCAAGUUCAUUUUGACCCAUUUUUGCUCGUCUGUUAAUGAUCUUUUAUGUUUGUUUUUAAAAUAUGUUAAGUAACUUAUUUCACUUGUACAAACGUGUUGAUAUUUAUUAUCAUUGUACAUAUGUCCCUUAUUUUUUAUAUGUGUAUGUAUACACAAAUAAAAAUAGAGAUAUAC